CAACGCGAGUAGAACGAUGAUCUAAAAAAAAAAAAAGAGAGGAAUAAAUUGAUCGUCUCUUUAUUUCAGUAAAUGUUCUUCGGCGGAGGGAGGAAUCCGCUUCGUAGGAAUCGCGUAGGAUAAAAUACAGGGAUACGUAUGAUUUCUAUAUUCCGUGUAGCCUCGAUAGUUAGCUACGCCUUGAAGGUGCAAUUUGACUUUUGAAAGCGGCAUAAGUAUUGCACUACGCUAUGACGGAGAGCCGUCCGUUUCGUACACAGGUGUCAUUCGGUGCCGUCGUGUUAAUAAAAUAAAUAGGUUAUGAGUGUAACUGUAAUACCAGUUAACAUUGUAUAUACAAUAACACCUAAUAUAUAUAAAUUUAAAUAUUAUGUCGGAUUUGGAGUUGGGAUUGAAGACAGGACGAAGGAGUUAUGAGGAAAUAUUAAAGCAGCGGCAGGAUGAAGGAUAUAAAACCGCAACGACAAAUGAACAGGCUCGCGUCGAAGAGAUUGUGCUCAAGUUUUAUAGAUCAUGUAGAGAAGGGGAUCCUAUUUUACUUAGGCCCAAACACAUUCAGUUCUUGAAGAAAGCAAUCACUAAUUUAAAUGACACUUAUGAGUGUUUGGACUCCAGUAGACCAUGGCUGUGCUUCUGGAUAUUGCAUUCACUUGCGAUAUUAGGGGAACGAUUGGAAAGUGAGGAGUGUUCCAAGAUAGCUGGCUUUCUGGCCAAAUGUCAAUCGUCGACAGGUGGUUUCGGUGGAGGCCCAGGACAAUAUUCACAUUUAGCGUCUACAUAUGCAGCAGUGAACGCAUUAUGCACCAUUGGUACACAAGAGGCAUACGAUGUGAUAGAUAGAAAGAACUUGAAACGGUUCCUAGCGUCCUUGCGCGGAGAGGACGGUUCUUUCUGUAUGCACGAAAACGGCGAGGUAGACAUACGUGGGGCGUAUUGUGCCCUUGCUGCCGCCAAGUUGACAAACGUGUACACGCCAGAUAUGUUCAAAGGUACCGCCGAGUGGAUAGCCAAAUGUCAAACAUGGGAGGGUGGUUUCGGCGGUUGUCCGGGAAUGGAGGCUCACGGUGGAUAUGCAUAUUGCGCUUUGGCAGCGCUCGUAAUGCUCGGAAAAACAGAGCUUUGCCAUUUACCAGGAUUGUUGAGGUGGAUUGUAAAUAAGCAGAUGCGUUUGGAAGGCGGUUUCCAAGGACGUACGAACAAAUUAGUAGACGGGUGCUAUUCUUUCUGGCAAGGUGGGACGUUUCCAUUGAUCGCCGCUAUUUUGUCGACGCCGGGAAAGGGGUUUAACAAUUCCGACCAUUGGCUGUUCAACCAAGAGGCCUUACAAGAGUAUAUAUUAACUUGCUGUCAGAAUCCACAUGGCGGUCUUCUGGAUAAACCGGGAAAAAAUCGUGACAUAUACCACACAUGUUAUGUUCUUAGUGGAUUAUCGAUUGCGCAAAACUCACCAAUAAAGUCGAUCAUCGGAAGAAGACUCACGAAUAAGGUAGAAGUGAUCCAUCCCGUUUACAACGUGGAAUACUCCGCUGCGAAAAAGGCGCAGGAGUACUUUCCUACUUUACCGAUACCAGCCGAUUGAUUCGUCUUAGUUAUUUAAAAUGUAUCUAAUCAUGUUUGUAUGUUUUUCCUAAAAAGAGAAGAAAAGAAAAAGUAUCCUAAAAAA